AACUCGACAAUGUAUAUGCGUUAUAUGGGCUUUCUCCGGGGGCUAGGGAAGCAUACCCUCCCGACUAUCGAAAGACCAUCAGCCAGGUCAAUCAUGAAACAACGUGCUUUGUCUUGGGACACGAAGCCAAUAUAAGUAUAUUCGAUGACUUUGAUUUUUGUUUCAACUCCUCUAACAAGGACGACUCACUCCCUUAUGGGUUGUCGACUUUACCACGACGGAUCCGGCGCAUCGAGCAAAGAUGCAACAAAACUUUUCCAAAUCAUUGCAUGAGGAUAAGGCUCCCUGGAAGCCAAUUCAGGAUCAUGCCCCUAUAGUUACAGAUAAUAUGCACACACUCAAGCUCUGGUGUCAGAGGAUAGGAGUUGCCUCUCCUCCAUACUUGUUUGACUCACCAGCCUUGGACUGUCUUGGGCAGGUACAGGUGCUUGCCAAAACCGCCGCAACGCCCGAUAAUAUAUUCGAAGCUACUUAUCACUACACUGGUUGCCCCGCUUAUAUUAUAGAGGAUAAAUUCCUCGAUAUCAUGAAAAUUUCUGUCUCUGAUGAGCAUGAAAAGUUUCUGGAGGCAACGAGAGGAUCUCUCCCAGCGCUUCGCCUCUGUUUUGAAAAGCUUACAGAAAAGCGACUUUUUACGAUUGCCACCUCAACUGGAAGGAGUAUUGUUGGCUUUACGGGUUGUGAGAUUGAGGAAGGUGAUCAUAUUGUCGUCCCCUGUGGCAUCGUCCAAGUGUUUGUUCUCCGCCCUAUCCCAGAGAAGAUGCUUGUGGAUGGUGAAAAGGCCCAGUGCUUCAAGUUGAUUGGGCGGGCUUUCCUCGAGAGCAUAUCACAUCCAACGGCAAUUGAUCCGGAACUUCUCCGUCCUGAAUUGAGAGGGACACCUACUACACAGUUUUGUCUUCGAUGAAUGAUUCUGGAGAGGGUAGACAAAGGCGUAACUCACUGCUGCGUGAGAUAAUCCCCAAUAUAUAGGCAUGUACACUACACCCCAAUGAAGGCUGCAAGUUUUCUCUAUUUGAGGAACAUAAUAUAGAAAUACUGCCAUGAGACUACCAUAAUA